AUGCCUGUGUCCCUCGGUGAGUGGCGUGUCAGGAUUGGCACGUUUAUACGUCGGCGGAAGAAAGAAUAUGACUACAACUACUUUUGGAGGAAACUUUUCAAUUUGAUCAAAACAGCCAAGAAUGUUCAGUCUCCCGAAGAAAACAACUCGGAAUGUAACACUUCGCCUCGCACUCCUCAGACUCGGUCACAAUGUGACGGCCCUAAGUGUGAUGCUGUCAAUGACAGUGGAUCCUCAGAAAAUGUAAAGAGCCCCAGACCUAACGAGGUCUCCCCCUCCGAGUCUUCGUGGGCUGAAAACAGUGGUUCUCCAACGGCAAAUGAGACCAACCCUGUCCGUGAUACCGCUGACGUCCAGAACCCAGAUCCCCGACCAUGCACGGAAGACACCGUGGAGGAUGGACACGUAGCCAUUAAUAUCAUGUCGCCUGAAUACCCCCUUAAAUCCGCUCAAAUAAGUAAAACAGACCAACCUGAAGUUGGUAAAUCAGAGUCGUACUCACAUGUACCUGCAGCCGUUCCUGGUGAGCCAGAACGUAUCAAACUACACAAGGAGGAGACAUCAUUCUCUGCGCGGUCAGAGGACCAAUCGUUGGGCUUAUCACCUAUACCCAGGCAAGAAACAACGAGAAACACCAAGCGACCAACACAGUCUAUCAAGAAAGAAGUGGAAUAUCAUGGAUCACCCACCUAUUCGGUCCUCGGAUCAGGGACAACCAGCGGUGAAGCAGAUGCAAUCAAAGGGAAUGACUGUCCAGACAUGACGACAACACUCCUAUUGAGAUCCGGCGACGUAGAACGGAACCCUGGUCCGAACGAUAACCCUGGAAGUCUGACCGAGCUCGAACUCUAUCUCCUUGCUGAUAGUAUGGAUCCUUCAGAUUUCAGGAAGGUCGGACUAACUUUAGGAUUCACUGAGGCUCAACUAAGUCGGUUUGAGAAAGACAAGCUGGGCAACUCCAUGCAAGCUACCUAUCAGAUGCUUUACGAAUGGCGGAAGACAGUACAAGAAAGCAAGGCGAGAGAGAUACUAGUCGCCAAGUUAGAAAGCAUUAAGCUGGUCCAACUUGCUGAUAGUGUACGGAAAGGUCAAGUUGGUGAUCACAUACCGUCCAUGACAGAGGAGGAAAUCCAACGGGUUGCUGAAGAGGUCAAACAAUACUUGGCAAUUAAUCUAUGUCAGAUUCAGGCCGAUCCACUGAACAGCGAACUUGUACUUGAAUUUAAACGUAUCUUCACCAAUCUAACGUUGAUGGAAGAAGACAAAGGUACAAAACUCAAGACACCGCUCCUAUACGACAACCUCCUCAGGACCAAAGUCAAUGGAAUCUAUCCCAAACGAUUGUUGGUUGAAGGUGAAGGUGGUGUAGGGAAGACCACUCUUUGCGCCAAGAUCGCUUGGGAUUGGAUCCACGGAAAAGGCUACCAAGAUUUCAAACUUGUUCUUGUCAUCCUCUUUCGCAAGGCAGAGGACAAGACUGUUGGAGAGAUCAUCAAGUCGUAUCUUUCUGACAACAAUCCGGUCACAGCAAAGCAGCUAGACAAGUACAUCCUCUCAAAUCCAGAUGACGUCUUUCUUGUCCUGGACGGCCUGGAUGAGUUUGCUGUUGAUCUCAACAGCAAUCAGCAAAUAGCCUUGAUCACUCUUAAUAAGCUGUUCAAGUCAGGGAAAGUACUAAUCACAUCGCGACAAUGGAGAUCAGAUGAGAUUAGGAAAAAUGCCGAUCUAAGAAAGGUGUUUGCUUUCAUUGCUGUAGAAGGUUUUUCUGAUGAAAACCUUUCAUGUUACAUCACCAAGUUCUUUCAUCCAGACACAGCUUCCUCUGAAGAUCUGAACCGAUUCAUAUCAAACAACGAUGUGAUCAGAGAGAACAUGGCCCCCUACCCCAUCUACACAGCCAUGCUGUGCAUCAUGUGGAAAGAAUUUGAUGGCGAUCGCCGAGAGGCAAUGUCGAAGCUGCAAACAUUUUCUCAGCUCUUUAAUGAGAUGAUUGACUUUUUGGUUGAUCAUUACCUAUCGAAGCACAUUCCAUCAGGUAUUGUUGAAGGCAAAUUGAGUGAGAAUCGUUCAAAUAUUCGUCAUCACCUGCUUCAGAUUGGUCACAUCGCCUUCCAGGGACUUCUUGAGAGACGGUUAGUAUUCACAGAAGAUGAAUUUCAGAGUUAUCCAGAGUCCAUCGAUGUAGGUUGUAAAGUUGAUGUACUCACCGCAGAGCAGAAAAUUCUUCCGAGGCGAGACAGAAGAAAUAAUCCGAAUUCAGUAGUUAGAUCGGUGCGGUUUCCCCAUAAGCUCUUCCAGGAAUAUCUAUCUGGAAUGUAUCUCGCAUCUCUUUACAACUCAAACCGUAAUGAGUAUGACAGGUUGAUAGCGAAUAUCAUAACGAAAACGGGGGAAUACCGGUACCUACUGUACUUCACCUCGGCCCAGCAGAAGGAGGUCGGCUUGGAUAUCGUAUCUCAUCUCAUAACAGAGCGUAGACAUCGCUGUCUUGAUGAUGACUUCAUCGUAGAUGUAGCAUACGAGAGCCAAUACCAAGCAGUGGCCAAAUCUGUGGCAGAUCAUCUCUGCGGCAAAGAACUGGAGAUCACCAAUAAGAUGCAGGCACACACAGUAUCAGGACAUACUUUCAUCAUGAAUCUUCGUGAAGUGGAUAAACUGAUUAUCAAGAAGCCGUGUGGACGGACGGCUUCAGAGGACCUGGCUGAAUUCAUGUGCUCCUCACGAUCACUGCGAUAUGUUGAGAUCGAUAGUGCUAUGCAUGAUGUUUUCUACUCGGUGCUUGCGAACAAAGCAGUCGAUUCCAAGAUUGAGACUCUUUACAUCAAUUCGGCGGAUCUCAGUGAACGCCCCUAUGCAUCAUAUGAUCUCGCUCAGUUUAUCUGUAAGAUGCCUCAUUUAAAGAACCUGUCACUCGGCGGUCAGUUUCACGAUGACUUCUACUCAACAUCAUCGUCGAUGGCAAUAUCUGCAAAGAUUGAGACUCUUCACGUCAAUUCUGCGGAUCUCAGUGGACGCCCCUAUGCAUCACAUGAUCUUGCUCAGUUCAUAUGUAAGAUGCCUCUUUUGAAGAACCUGUCACUCGACGGUCAGUUUCACGAUGACUUCUACUCAACAUCAUCGUCGAUGGCAUCAUCAGCCAAGAUUGAGAUUCUUAAAAACGCCUCUGGUGGUCUCAGUAAACGCCCCUCUGCAUCACGUGAUCUCGCUCAGUUCAUCUGUAAGAUGCCUGAUUUGAAUAACCUGAAACUCCGCGGUCAGUAUCACGAUGACUUCUACUCAACAUCAUCGUCGAUGGCAUCAUCCGCAAAGAUUAAGACUCUGGAUAUCAACUCUCAUCCCGAUGAACGUUCCUCUGCAUCACAUGAUCUCGCUCAAUUUAUCUGUAAGAUGCCAUAUCUGAAGAACCUGACACUCGACGGUCAGUAUCACGAUGACUUCUACUCAACAUCAUCGUCGAUGGCAUCAUCAGCAAAGAUUGAGACUCUGGACAUCAAGGCUUAUCUCAAUGAACGUCCCUCUGCAUCACGUUAUCUCGCACAGUUCAUCUGUAAGAUGCCUCGUUUGAAUAACCUGACACUACGCGGUCAGUAUCACGAUGACUACUACUCAAAAUCGUCAUCGAUGGCAUCAUCUGCAAAGAUUGAGACUCUUGACAUUAAGUCUGGGGAUCUCGAUGGACGCCCCUCUCCAUCACGUGAUAUCGCUCGGUUUAUCUGUAAGAUGCCUCAUCUGAAGAACCUGACACUCGACGGUCAGUUUCACGAUGACUUCUACUCAACAUCAUCGUCGAUGGCAUCAUCAUCAAAGAUUGAGACUCUUCGUGUCGUCUCUGAUCAUCUUAGUAAACGUCUCUCUGCAUCACGUGAUCUCGCUCAGUUCAUCUGUAAGAUGCCUAAUUUGAAGAACCUGAAGAUCCGCGGUCAGUAUCACGAUGACUUCUACUCAACAUCAUCGUCGAUGGCAUCAUCAGCCAAGAUUGAGACUCUUGACAUCUGGUCUGAGAGUCUCAGACAACGCCGCUUUGCAUCACAAGAUCUCGCUCAGUUCAUCUGUAAGAUGCCCCAUCUGAAGAACCUGACACUCCGCGGUCAGUACCACGAUGACUUCUACUCAACAUCAUCAUCGAUAGCAUCAACUGCAAAGGUAUUGAUUUUGUUAUGA